CGAUAUUUAAAAUAAUAUUUUGUUUCAGCAAUGACUACAUCUUUGGCUUUAACUGAAAUUAAUGGGAAUCGAUAUGAGAUUAACACCAAAAACGGAAACAUCGCGCAGAGGACAGGACCCACAGCACCGGCUCCUAAACAAACUCGUGACCAAUGGGGCGGACAAAUAGAGUUCCUGUUGGCCUGUCUCGGCAAUGCCGUCGGACUCGGAAAUUGUUGGCGCUUUCCAUAUCUUUGUUAUAAAAACGGUGGUGGUGCAUUCCUAAUACCAUAUAUCAUAUGUUCAUUUGUCAUUGGAUUACCUUUAUUUCUGAUCGAGUUAAGUCUUGGUCAAUAUUCAUCAAUGGGUCCUGCUCAUUUAUAUGCAAAUUUAUCACCAUUUUUUAAAGUUGCCGUGUAUUAUAAUAUGAUAAUCGCUUGGACUCUCUUCUACUUCGUCGGCUCAUUCUUGGGUCAGGAUUGGCAGCAUUGCGGACAACAUUUCAAUACAUUAAAUUGCACGACAAUUAACGAUAAAAUAAAUUCCACUAAUUAUUCAAUUUCGUCGACUGAAGAAUAUUUCAAUAACUUUGUGUUAACAAAAUCUGAUGGAUUAGACGUAAUGAAUAGCAUUAAUUGGCGAUUAGUUGCUGCGCUCUUUGUCUCCUGGGUUAUAGUUGUGGCCGCACUCAUCAAAGGGAUCCAAUCUUCGGGGAAGGUUGUGUAUUUUACGGCAACCUUUCCAUAUGUUAUACUUAUUAUUCUGUUCAUCAGAGGAAUAACACUUGACGGAGCUAUAGAUGGUUUGCGUUAUUACGUGACCCCCGAGUGGAGCAGAGUUAAAGACCCGGGAGUCUGGAGGGAUGCGGCCGUUCAGGUGUUCUAUAGCUUUGGAAUCGGCGGUGGAGGAAUGAUUACAUAUGCUUCAUAUAAUCGUUUUACUGAUCCAGUUGUCAGACAUUCACUAUUAGUUGGAAUCGGAGAUUUUUUAACAUCAAUUUUUUGUGGAUCUGUUGUAUUUGCAAUGGUUGGAUAUAUGGCUCAUACUUUAAACAAACCAAUUGACGAGAUUGUUCAGAGUGGAACU